AUGGACGCCUUUGUACCUUCAGAUCUAGACUACGGGCACUUACAACCCGAACGAUCGUCGUGGCUCAAGGCCGGUCACAAGACGCGUCAAGCUUUGAGAGAGGAUGGCCCAUUCUGGAUAAGUCGGAACGGUUGGAUACUCGACAUUGAGCACGAGCUGGCUAAGCCAUCUCGUGACAAAGAUUAG